AUGACUGCGGUUAACUUGGACCUCGCAAACGAAUUACAAGAAACAGUUAUUGUAGAUAAAGAUGAGGAUCCUGAGGAAGCUAAUGAUAUUGACUCUGACGAACAGUUUACAGCCAUAAACGAGAAUCCAAGUGACCCAGAUGGUCUUGUCGAUGACAUGGAUGAGGACGACUUACUCUUGGACGAGUCUUUAUCACCACUGGAGAAAAUUUUCUUAUUUGCAAAAAGUGACUUAAUUUUUCACAGAGUGUUUAUUGCGAAAGAAUUACCAACGCUAAUACGAGACAUUGAGAUAAGCGAAGCGGUAGAGUAUGUAGUGCCGUUAAUGAAUUCUCUCGAGGAGUUGGUUAAGGAAGCAUUCGCUCCAGAGUUAGAUAAGAUUAUAUGGUUUUAUUACUCUCACUGCCCACUACGGGAAUUAUCACCAGAGAACGGAUUACCCGAAACACCUUCAAUCCCAUUACGACCACAAACGCCUCUCGGCAGACCUCAAACACCCUUGGGCAGGCCUCAGACGCCUCUCGGCAGACCACAAACACCUCUCGACAGACCUCAAACCCCUCAGACCCCCAACGAAUCCUCUAACCAGCUUUCUCUACCAUAUCUUUCAGUGUCCGCAUUCACGCCUCUCCUCCACGCAUUACUUCUCGACCAGAAUAGCAACGUAUCUGCUGCUGCGCAGUCUGUCGUGUAUUCACUUGUAGAGAAAAUACUUGCAGAACCAGACAUAAAUCCCAAGGAGAAGGAAUUGUUGACGAAAGAGACGUUAGAAGAAGUGGUAUUGGGAAUCGGGAGGUUGGAUCAGGAGAGGAGUAAGAGAGACGAUGAGGGUGAUUUGGAUAGAGGAGAUGACAACAGUCUCGGGGGGAUGAAUGGUGGUGAAGAGGAGGCCGAGUUGGGGAGGAUGAUCAUGAUGACGUUAAUUGCUUCUUUGGCGAAUCUUGUUGGACCUGAGUUAUGCGUUCGUUUAUUCGUGCCGGAAAUGGAUCGGAUGAUUGAGGAACCAGAAUUUUAUGUCCGAAGGGAAGCAGCCCUAGCAAUAGGAGGCUUGGCAAACGUUGUCCCACUAGAUGCAAUAAUUGACAAACUGUUACCCAUAUACGACCAUUUCUCAACCGAUGCUAUAUGGCACGUCCGUCGCUCGUGUUGCUUAGUAUUGCCGAAGCUGUGUUCGCGACUACCUGAUGAUAUGAGGGCCGAAAGGGCUGUGAGAGGAAUCGACCUGUUUGCGAGAGAUGUCAGUAAGAGCGUGAAGUCGACAGCUGGAGAGAUUAUCGGGGAGUUGAUUACGACGUUCCAGGCGAGUGGGAAGGUACCGGAGAGUUUGGUUCAGCAUUUCCUGAGCCUAGGCCCCGGAAGAGAUACGACUGGUGGUAGUGGAAACGCGUACGGUGGCUUGGGGGCAAGAGACCCAGAAAAACCUGCACGAUGUGCCUAUAAUUUUCCUGCAAUUGUAUUGACUCUGGGUCCAAGUCGUUGGGAUGACCUUAAAGAGACUUAUUCAUCUCUAACAAGGGAUGUGCAGGUAAAAGUCCGUCGCUCACUAGCUUGCUCGCUGCAUGAAAUAGCCCGGGUAAUCGGACCCGAGAAAACUCAGCAAGAUUUAAUGAGAGUGUUCGUAGAAUACACACACGAUAUCGAUGAAGUGAGAUCUGGUGUUCUCAAAAACAUGGUUGCGUUUAUUGAAAGCUUACCAGAAAGUUCUAGGAAUGAAUAUCUUCCAGAAAUUAUUCGUGUAUGGAAUGGUGUCGAACAUCAGUGGCGGCUCAGAGAUGAAAUUGCAAAGCAAUUACCUGCCUUGUGUGAAUUAUAUGAUGCGCAACAUGUAGUUAAUCAUAUACUACCACUGACCAUAAGAGCUAUUCAAGACAAAGUUGCAAGUGUACGAGAGACUGCAGUGGCCACCUUUUAUACUUUAUUUCGUACGGCAAAACAUGAUGACACUUGCUAUAACCAAGUAAGAGAUCGUGUAAAACAGUUUGCAAUGGAAUACAGAUUUCGUGAGCGAGUGUCAUAUGUUCAGAUAUGCUCGGCUUUGAUGUCAAGUGAUUUCCCCAAUUCUGAAUUCGAGACACAUUUUCUGCCCAUUCUAGAAACACUUGCGUCUGAUCAAGUAGUGAAUGUUAGAAUAGCAGUAGCGAGGCUUGUGUCCGAUCUCUCCUAUGGAAAUAUUCAAACCAUCAAUUCAUCUAAUCCAAUUCUACCGUUGAUACAAACUUUAUCCCGAGAUACUGACGUGAACGUCCGCUUAUUUGUAUUUCCGUUUCUCUCACCCGAAGAACGCGAAUCUAUUCUCUCAUAUCUCCAGCCCCAGAGUUAUGGGUCUUAUUUGUAUGCAGAGAAUUCAAGAGCUAAUCGACAAGUAGAUACAGAUAUGGAUGUUGAUAACGGUGAUGAAGAGGACGAUGAAAGGAGCGGCGAUGGAGAAGAGGAUGAUUUAGGAGGUUUUGAGGAUGUAAGGAACGAGUUGGAAGAGGUGGAUGUAAGGAAUGAGUUAGAAGAAGAGAUUGAUAUAAGAGAUGAGAUAGUUGAAGUAGAUGUAAGGGAUGAAGGGGAUGAGGUGGAUGUGAGGGAUGUGAGGGAUGAAAGAGGAAAGAUGGACGUGAGGGAUGGAAGAGAUGAGGCGGACGUGAGGGAUGAAAAAAAUGAGGUGGAUGUGAGAGAUGAGAUAGGAGAUGUGGAAGUGAGAGAGGAAAGAGAGGUG